CUUUUUUUGUUAAUUAUGUAUUUGUCUCACAGCGUGUGUCAGUCGUCUAGCGAAUCGAAGGAGAGUGUUUGUUGUUCUUUAAUGACAGGCAUUAAAAACACAGCUAAUGUGUAGCAAUGCUUAUAGACUAGCCGGCCUGCACGCUGGAGUGAAUUUAUUUCAACUAAGAGAACGGGUUUGGCAUUAUUUCAGAUCAAAGGCAUGUUGUACGGGGCUAUUUGCAGGCGCAACCAUGGCAAGCCCAAUAAAAGAUAACUAUAGAAUGAAGAGCUACAAAAACAACGCGCUGAAUCCUCAGGAAAUGCGCAGACGAAGAGAAGAAGAAGGGAUUCAGCUUCGGAAACAAAAGCGAGAAGAGCAGUUGUUUAAGAGGAGAAAUGUCUCGCUGCCUACUAAUGAAGAAUCCAUGUUAGAAUGCCCAAUACAGGAUCCUGACAUAAGCUCCACAGUGCCACAUGCAGCAGAAGGAGUAAUAACUCCCGAUAUGGUUCAGAUGAUUUUCUCUGAUGAUCCUGAUCAGCAGCUUGUGGCAACACAAAAGUUUAGAAAAUUACUCUCCAAAGAACCUUAUCCACCUAUAGAUGAAGUAAUACUUACACAAGGAGUUGUAAACAGAUUUGUAGAGUUUCUCAAAAGAAGUGAGAAUUGCACACUGCAGUUUGAAGCAGCAUGGGCUUUAACGAAUAUAGCGUCUGGAACUUUCCUACAUACUAAAGUUGUUAUCGAAACUGGUGCAGUACCAAUAUUUAUAGAGUUGCUCAAUUCAGAAUAUGAAGAUGUACAGGAACAGGCAGUCUGGGCACUGGGAAAUAUAGCUGGAGACAAUGCAGAGUGCAGAGACUAUGUGUUAAACUGUGUAAUACUUCCUUCACUCUUACAAUUACUAACAAAAUCAAGUCGACUUACAACAACAAGAAAUGCAGUAUGGGCUCUGUCUAACUUAUGCAGAGGGAAGAAUCCUCCACCAGAUUUUAGUAAGGUAUCUCCGUGUUUGAAUGUAUUGUCAAGGCUUCUCUUCAGCAGUGAUCCAGAUGUGUUGGCAGAUGCUUGCUGGGCCCUUUCAUAUCUCUCAGAUGGACCCAAUGACAAAAUUCAAGCAGUAAUUGACUCUGGCGUUUGUAGAAGACUAGUGGAGCUUUUGAUGAACGGUGACUACAAGGUUGUUUCCCCUGCGUUGAGAGCAGUUGGAAACAUAGUAACAGGUGAUGACGUUCAAACUCAGGUAAUACUUAACUGUUCAGCAUUGCCCUGUCUUCUGCAUCUACUGAGUAGUCCUAAAGAAUCUAUAAGAAAGGAAACCUGCUGGACUGUUUCUAAUAUCACUGCAGGAAACAGAACUCAGAUCCAGGCCGUAAUAGAAGCAAACAUAUUCCCUGUGCUAAUUGAGAUUCUUCAGAAGGCUGAGUUUCGCACAAGAAAGGAAGCCGCAUGGGCUAUUACUAAUGCAACAUCAGGAGGAACACCUGAACAGAUCAGGUACUUGGUGUCCUUGAAUUCCAUCAAGCCUCUUUGUGACUUGCUGACAGUGAUGGACUCUAAAAUAGUUCAAGUUGCUUUGAACGGGCUGGAAAAUAUUUUAAGAUUGGGAGAGCAAGAAGCAAAACAGAAUGGCACAGGCAUCAACCCUUACUGUUCCUUUAUAGAAGAAGCAUAUGGUCUGGAUAAAAUUGAAUUUCUCCAAAGUCAUGAGAACCAAGAGAUCUAUCAGAAGGCAUUUGAUUUAAUAGAACGCUAUUUUGGUGUGGAAGAAGAAGAUUCCAGCAUUGCCCCGCAGGUUGAUGAGACCCAGCAACAGUUCAUCUUUCAGCAACAAGAGGCACCAAUGGAGGGGUUUCAGCUGUAACUACAAACCCAAAUAACCUGAACAGCCUCCAGGCAAGAGUGCUCCAAGUUUGUUUUGUUAUCCUUAACAAUAUUAUUUAAAUGUUCUUCUUCACAUAGCCAAAGCCUGAAACUGUCCUAAUUAGAGGGUUAAUGUGAGGCUUUUUUUUUUUUUUUUUUAGGGUCCUUUUAAAUGUUUGUGUAAACUUUUUUCUCCCUCAGUGUAAUUUGUGAAUCUUGCUUCAGCAGCUUGGAAACAAAGAAACAAAUUAAGAAAGUUAGAAAGUAAAGGAAUGCUUAACACAGGUCAAAUGGGCUACAUUAAUUGCGACACUCCAAAAUUGAGUUAAGCUACCUCUUAGAACAACAUUUAAAAAUAAAUAAAUAUUAAAAAUAAGGAUGUAGAAAUGUACAUUAUAAAUGCUUUUAAGAUGGCUAUAAAUGUUUGCUUAAAAGCAAGUUAAAACUUGUCAAGACCACAGCGCAUAAAAGAGAAUACAUACUAUUUUUUUUUAUUUAUACAAUUGUAUGGUUGACUUGUCUUCAUGCUAUGGUUGCAAUUAGGUGUGUUCAGACAACUGUCUAAAAAAUAAUUAUUCUAAUCAAGCUCUGUUAACCUAACAAGGUUAUCUGCUAAGCCUAAAUACACAGGCACAGGUUUCAGUCUUUAAACCUGAAGAAAGCUGCACUUGAUUUGUAUAUUUAAUUUAAAUGGAAAUAACUAACUAAAUAUGUGCAUGGUUUGUAUAGUAUUUUAGACCAUGUACUACUUUAAUGUCUAUUUACCUUAUUUAUUCUGUUUAAAGAAUCUAUUAGAAAAAAAAAUUGUUAUAUAUGGGUUACUUUAUACUGUUACACAACAGUUCAUGUGAAAGCAUUUUGUUGGCUGCAAAGCAUUUGUCAGUGAAUUUGAUUGCAGCACUGCUGGUCGUUACUUUAUAUUAAGGUAAAGGGCAGAACAGAAGAGUACUGUUCUCCCAAGUAAUUUUCUGAUUUUAAAGAUGUAAAUUAUCAGAUUAUUACAUUACUGUUAUGAAGCUCAUACAUAUAUUUUUUUGUCAAAUCAGUGAAGCUGCAUCACAUUUAAUAGAUUUCAGUCUUCUUUUUUUAUUAUCUUUAUAAAUUAGAUAAGUGAUUAAACAUGGCUUCUUUGGGUACUUUACUACUUUAUCAAGUAAAUUAGGGCCAAAUGUAGAUCAUAUGACUGUUACAAAACUUCUCUGCUGUGAAUGAAUUAAUUCUUUGUAUAUUAUAUAUACAUCAAACCUUUGUAAAAGCUUGGUAAAUCUAAAAUGAUAUUGCAAUUGUCAUUCACAAGAUUUUGAUUACUUUUAAUAUAUUUUGUCUUUUUAAUUUUGGUUAUGUUAAAGCAAUGAUCAGAUUACUAAAGCAUAUUAUAUGCAGUCAUUUUUUGUAUACCAUACUGUGAAUGUUUGUUUGUUUGUUUGUUUGUUUGUUUUAAGAAUUGUUUAUUUUGUUUCACAAUUGUUGUCAAUUGCAAUCAAAUCAACUGGAAUAUAAUGUGAGAUCUUUUGUAAUGGGAAGGAUGGGGCAGUUUUUGUUCACUGCUUUAUGUUUACUAAACUUUAGUAUCUACUGUGCUGGCAUACCUCACUUUUUUAAGCAAUUAAUUUUCUCUACAUAAUGUCUUAACUUUACCACAAAGCAAUGAAGUGUUACAUUACACUUUUACAUUGUUCUAGAAUUCCCUCAUCAGUGAUUCAUUAAACCUGUAUGAACAUGAUACAAUUACGUGUAUGGAAUAUGUAAUCCACUGUUUGAGGAUUUUUACUCAAUACUAUCUAAAAAAGAAAAAAAAUGAUCAAUGUGGCCUAAUAAACAGUAUCAGAAAAGCACCUGAAAUCGCCAUAAUGUGUUUGUAAUAUUUAAAUUGUGGCAACUGACCAUUCUCUUCUAAUUUUAAUGUGUUUAGCCAACUGAAGUAAAAACUAAUUUAAAAAAAAAUGCUGAUUUAUUAAUGGCUAUACACCACCUUUUUAGAAUUGUUACUUUUCUAAUUAUUAACCCCCAAUUGUAUUGACCUAGUGGGUACAGUUAAGUGAGUUUCCAUGAAUUUAAUAGUUAAAAAUAAAAACAUCCUCGCAAGUUAGUUUUAUGAAUGGGGUCCUAAGUUUUUCAUAUCUGUUUUUCAUAAAACCACAAACUACUGAAAUUGUUUUGUACAAAAUACAUGUACAGUAUGUCACAGGCCAGAGAAAGUUAAAUGUUAUGUGAUAGAUUAAUUGUUGUUUAAUUCCUUCAAAUGGUGCUGUUGGACACAUUUUAAUCAUGUCUGGAUUUUCUAAUAUUUUUCAUGUUUCUACUUUUUUUUUUUCAUUGAAAAUUGUGUGCUGUGUGUAAAUUUUGUAUUUUUCCUUUGAGCACUGCUGCUGGUAGCAGCCACAAAAUGACAGAUCUGCAAGAACUUUGAUUGCUUUACCUACAAAUUUGUAUUGGUUCAGAACAUUUAGAUUAAGAGGGCUGCCUCAUACUGGACUGUAAAGAGGCUGUUAAUUUCUGCUACCUUGUAUUUGUAAUAAAGCAAUCAAAACCCCAUAAUCGGUACAUAUUACUAAGGAAUUUGAAAGUACUAUAGAACAAUUAAUAAUAAAAUGCUCUUUCACAAA